UAGGAGAUGGCUGUCAGAGCUCUUAAGCAGACUGGGAGUAGAAGCAUCGAAGCAGCUUUGGAAUACAUUAGCAAGAUGGGAUACCUAGACCCUAGAAAUGAACAAAUAGUCCGUGUAAUUAAGCAGACUUCUUCAAGAAAAGGUAUAAUGCCAAGCAGUGUAAGCCGUAGGCCAAGUUUUGAAGGAUCAACUGAAUCAUUUCCACCUUAUCACCAGAUAACCAACCCAGCCUAUGAAGGCACUGGCUUUGGUGCUGAAACUGCUAAUGUGCUCAGUGAUGUUCCCAGGCCAUAUAUGGACUAUUUACUUUCGGCUUCUCAGUCUGCAACUAUGAAUGCUCCUGUGCAAAGACCACCAUGCUUAGCUUCCCACAACACUCCCGGCAAUCUUCAGCAGAAAACAUACCCUACUAACAUGGAUUCCUCAGUCAUCAGCUAUCCAGUGGCUGGUCAUAGCAACCAAGCUUUGCAGUUGCAGGGUACCCACAGUUCAAAUAGUCCACAUUAUGGCAGACAGCCUGUGAUGGUGCAGAGUGAGGGGCUUGGAUAUGGAAUUCAGCGAAGCCAUUCUUUUCAAAAUAAAAUGCAGCAAGAGGGAGCAUAUCCGAGUCUUCCUAAUAAAGCAGCUGUUGCACCUAACAAUUCUGGCCAUGGGUUCCAGCAGGCACCGGCUAGUCUGUAUAUGCCACAUUCGCAUCACAAGCAGCCAAUCCCAACUUCUCAUCCAAUGCAUGUAAUCACUAGAGGUGCCGCAUUUAGUAAUGAAUUUUCAGACAGCCCACCCCAAGGUCUCUUAACCCCAUCUAGAAAUAGCCUGAACAUGGACCUGUAUGAUCUGAAUAACUCUCAGAUUCAGCAGUGGCAAACAACCUCUUCCUCCUCUUCUUCCUCUUCAUCCCGUCGUGAUUCACUACAGAGCCAAGCCUUGGAAGCAUCUCCACGGCAACAUGUACCCUUCAGGCCAGAUACCUGUGUCCCGAGUAGAACCAAUUCUUUUAACAACCACCAACCACCAAUGCCGGUAUCUAUGAGGCAGGCUGCUUCAGGUAAAGCUGAUGCCUCCAUUCCUUCUCCAAAUACUAUCACGGCUGUCACAGCUGCUCAUAUUCUCCAGCCGGUGAAGAGCACAAGAGUGAUGAGGCCUGAACCUCAGACUGCUGUAGGCCCUGCACAUCCUGGCUGGUUACCUGCACAGUCUUCAGCACUAGAGAGCUUAGGAAUGAUGGAGCAACACCCCCUUCCUGUUGGGGGAGCAAAUUCCUAUCAGUUAGAUGUUGAUUAUAGUAAUCAGGAACUCAGGUGUCCACCACCACCGUAUCCCAAACAUUUGCUGCUACCCAAUAGUUCAGAGCAGUUUGAUAUUAACUGUUUACGUCCAGGAAUGGAACAAACCAUUCGGGGAGUCCCAAGCUCAUCAAGCAGCAAAUCUGAGGAAAACGGAGAAAGGAAUGACAAAAUCAAGACAGCUAAAGCAGAAAAAGUGGGCAAAGAUAAAAAGCAAAUACAGACCUCCCCAGUGCCAGUGCGGAAGAAUGGCAAAGAUGAAGAGAAGAGAGAGUCCCGAAUCAAGAGCUACUCACCGUUUGCCUUUAAAUUCUACAUGGAGCAGCAUGUGGAGAAUGUUAUAAAGACCUAUCAGCAGAAAAUGAAUAGGCGGCUGCAGCUGGAGCAGGAAAUGGCCAAGGCUGGUCUUUGUGAAGCAGAGCAAGAGCAAAUGAGGAAAAUUCUCUACCAAAAAGAAUCAAACUAUAACAGGCUUAAAAGAGCUAAAAUGGAUAAAUCGAUGUUUGUUAAAAUCAAGACUCUGGGCAUUGGUGCUUUUGGUGAAGUCUGCCUUGCUUGCAAAGUGGACACUCAUGCUCUGUAUGCCAUGAAAACACUGAGGAAAAAAGAUGUGCUCAACCGUAACCAAGUGGCUCAUGUCAAAGCAGAAAGGGAUAUCCUUGCAGAAGCAGACAACGAAUGGGUGGUCAAGCUCUACUACUCCUUCCAAGAUAAAGAGAACUUGUACUUUGUGAUGGACUACAUCCCAGGGGGAGACAUGAUGAGUCUGUUGAUUCGAAUGGAAGUUUUUCCAGAAAAGCUAGCUCGGUUUUACAUAGCUGAACUAACUUUAGCCAUAGAAAGUGUGCAUAAAAUGGGAUUUAUCCAUAGAGACAUCAAACCUGAUAAUAUUCUGAUUGAUCUUGAUGGACACAUCAAACUGACUGACUUUGGCCUCUGCACUGGAUUUAGGUGGACACAUAACUCAAAAUACUAUCAGAAAGGGAAUCACAUCAGGCAGGAUAGCAUGGAGCCAAGUGAUCUUUGGGAUGAUGUGUCUAACUGUAGAUGCGGAGACAGGUUGAAGACCUUGGAGCAGAGAGCUAAAAAGCAACAUCAGAGGUGCUUGGCUCAUUCCUUAGUUGGUACUCCCAACUAUAUUGCACCAGAGGUUCUUCUACGUAAAGGAUAUACUCAGCUUUGUGACUGGUGGAGUGUUGGUGUAAUUCUCUUUGAGAUGUUAGUGGGGCAGCCUCCAUUUUUGGCAUCUUCUCCUACAGAAACUCAGCUAAAGGUGAUAAACUGGGAGAAUACUCUGCACAUUCCCUCUCAGAUCAAGCUUAGCCCUGAAGCUAGUGAUCUCAUUACAAAACUCUGUUGCUCUGCUGAAGAGAGGCUUGGAAGAAACGGAGCAGAUGAUAUCAAGGCUCAUACUUUCUUUGACUCCAUAGACUUCUCCACUGACAUCCGCAGACAGCCAGCUCCUUAUGUCCCAAAGAUCAGCCAUCCAAUGGACACUUCCAAUUUUGAUCCAGUUGAGGAAGAUGGGCCUUGGGAUGACACCAGUGAAGACAGUGCCAGGGCAUGGGACCCACAGGCCUCAUCUAAUGGCAAACAUACAGAACAUGCCUUCUAUGAGUUCACUUUCCGAAGGUUUUUUGAUGACAAUGGUUACCCAUUCAGAUACCCAAAACCUUCUGGGCUAGAUAUAGGCCAGUCUAAGAAUUCUGAUGUAGAAAACAAAGAUGGGCUGGAUCAGAAUGGAGCCUGUCAACCUGUAUAUGUGUAAAUGACUGUACAAAAUCUCCCUCCAAAAAAACUUUAUUCAUAAAGUUAAGGUCUUCCUUAUAUAGUCCUUAGUUGGGAUCAGUUCCAGUUCAGGAUCAUGCAAGUCUGGGGAAAGAAAGACUUGAAGAGAAAGUUCUAAAUGCUAGCUGUUUCAAAUUUUAGGCCAUUUAGAACUGUAAAUAGCUUUGUUGAUGAGUGCACUUGAAAUCCAGAUUUUCACUCUAGUUUCUAAGGCCUGGUGUGUUACAUUCUUAACCAACUUUUUCUUCUUAUCUGCUGUUGCAUUUACAUGCUUCCAUAGCAUUGUGCUAUUUUUUGUUUUAAGUGAGCAAAGAGCACUUACUUUUGUUUAUAGCAGGGUUGUUUUUUUCCUACUAAAUUAUAGGAAUUAACUUUGACAAAUCAUGCUGCUGUUCUUCUUUUCUCAUUUGUUAAAAAUUGGAUCCAUCGCACUUGUGUCACAUUUUAGGAAAAUACGUAAGAUUGAAGAACAUAUGAUUAAAAGUCUCUGUGCAAUAAUGUUUAGUAAGAGAAAAAAAUGUAUUGCGUCUAAUGUCCUAAAUUUACCAGUGCCAUUUUUGUAUUCAGACUCUAAUCUUUAUGUGUAUGUUUCCACAUUUCAAAAUUCUGACACAAUUGUUGAAGCUGCUUUAUUUCCCUUUUUUAAAAACAUAUUGGAAUUUAGUGUAAUCAUAGUAUGAGCAAGUGGCAGUCAGGAUGUGAUAUCAAUGAUUGAUGUGUGGAGAGUGCUGCAUGGGUUGUGUUAUUUUGUUUUUCUGUUUGAAAUGACCUUUUUCUUGCCAUUCACGGGCAGGUCCUGUGUAUCCAUUUUAACUGAAGAUCUAUAACUUUAGACCUUCAGAAUGUGUGCUGAUAAAGUAUUGAUUGUGUGGAUGGUUUUUCUAUUAUGAUUGUGUGCUAUCUAUUAUAUGUUCUCUAAGACAAAUGGCAAAGCUCUAAUUCUUGUAGGGAUUGAUGGUGUGUAUAGGCGGAAGGAGAAUUUGGUUUAAUCAGUUGUCUUAUUUCAUAAAAUAUUUAUCCUGGUAUAAAAGGAUAAAUAGCAAAACAUAGCUUUCAGGAUCACUUUGUGGUCAGAAUCUAUGGCCAGCACAAUACACAGUAUUCAGUGUGUUUGUAAGUUGCCACAUAGUAUUCAUGAAUAUUAUCAUUUAGUAUCUGUAUGCAGAAAUAUAUAAUGAGAAUGUUCAAUUCUCUGUGCCUUAAAAUUGAAUCAAGAGCCUUAUAUUCUUUUUAAAUUUUAUAGGACUCUUCUGAGCUAUAAUGCUAAGUGACAAUGAAUUUCUGGAAUGUAUUGGACAUAUAAAGUUGCCUUUAUAUUGAUUCAGGUUAUUAGGUAUAGUGUACUGUCUCCAGACAGUACAGGGUAAUCUUGCAAGCUGUUUCUUUAAAGCAGAGGUUUUCCAAGCCCUGUUAUCUGAGACCUUUUAUUGGAUAUGCUGGAGAUUGAAAAUGGGACUCUAUAUAUACAAGGCAUAUACAUCAAUAGGUUGUAGUCCUUCUUCAGAUGCAGUUUUUCAUUAUUGUGAUUACAUUUUAUGGUGGCAAAUCAACGUGUGUACCUGCCCUUAGUCAUUUAGGCAAGGGUAAAGAACUUUUCCUUUAGAUGUUGCUAAACUACAGUUCCCGUCCCAUCAGUUCCCUAGCAUAGUCUGUAGUGAAUAAUGUUGGGUUUUAUUUCGUGUCAGCAUCUGGAGAUCUUAAAGUUCCCCACCCCUGAUUUAGGCAUCCCUGAGACCAUAUGAAGACACACCAACCAAUGUUGGCAUGUCUUGUUGCUUGUCUGUGAUGAUUUCAAGGCCUAGAAACUGCAUGCAUGAUAAAAAGCAUGUCGUUUUAUUUUGUUUAAAUCUGCAGGUAAGCACUAUAUCAUCAGUAUAAAGAAAAUUAGAGAUCGUGCAGUCACAUGAUUUAUCUAUACUACAUGAACGCAACAAUGCUGACACUCCCAGGGCUGCUUGGAACUGUGAAUUAUUAUGUCCUGUUUAAGUGGAGAGAUUAAUCUUAACCAAGUAUAUACAGAACAGAAUCUAUUUAGGUUGCAGCCAUAGUUGUCUUAAGUGAAGCAUCCAAAUGUUGGUCUUGAUUAUAUCUGGUCCAUUAUAUUGUUAUAUAUUAUGAUAGAUCAAACUAAUCUUUCAUCUCUAUCAAAAUGCAAACAUACUUUUAAGAUAUUUUUUAAAUUGUUUAAAAUACGCAUUUUAUUAGCUAUGUUAACAUAAGGAAUAAUGGAAUGAUAAUGGAAUACUAAAGAUAAUUAAGCCAUAAAUAUCUUCAUUUAUAUUCUAUAUAUACCUAAAUAGAUUUUUCUUUCAAAUCCUUAAUUCAGAUUAGUUUAACAGUCCUAUUUUAAAUGACUGAUUGCAAUAACACUUGAGGGCAAUAUUCCACUGUGUGUUUGCUUAUUUUAUGUUUUUAAAUCUAAAGCUUCAUUUUUUCCUAUGUUAUUCCAUAUGUUAUUUCUUAAUAUUUUAAUCUAUCAUAUCCUACCCAUUGUCUACAUACUAUCUAAAACAACAACACCUGUAAAUCCAUCAGAGUAAACUAAACAAAAUGAUUGUGUAUUUGUUUACAUUUGUAUGAAAGGAGUGUUCUGAGAUAUGCAGUGCUUGUGUUGUGGUGGUUUAUGAAAGAUUCAGUAUUACUACUUUUUAUAUAAUGCCAUUUUUAUAUUUACAUCUAUCUGUCAUUCUUUUAUGUGGUAGGUUCUUCCUCAGGAACUCAGUUUAACUGUUAUUUAUUUAUCAUUUGCCUUUUGAAAGCUUCUGCUGGCACAAUUUAUUAUUAAAAGAUGAA